UGAACCUCAAGCCCGGUUCUACGCUGCUCAGAUCGUCCUGACCUUUGAGUAUCUGCACUCACUGGAUCUCAUCUACCGAAACCUGAAGCCAGAGAAUCUCCUGAUAGACCAGCAGGGCUACAUCAAGGUGACGGAUUUUGGUCUUGCCAAGCGGGUGAAAGACCGAACCUGGACUCUGUGUGGGACCCCGGAAUACCUGGCCCCUGAGAUCAUCCUCGGCAAGGGUUAUAACAAGGCUGUGGACUGGUGGGCCCUGGGCGUCCUCAUCUACGAGAUGGCGGCUGGUUACCCCCCAUUCUUCGCGACAGAGCCCAAUCAGAUCUACGAGAAAAUCGUCUCUGGCAAGGUCCGGUUCCCGUCUCGCUUCAGCUCGGAGCUGAGGGACCUGCUCCGGAACCUGCUGCAGAUGGACCUCACCAAACGCUUUGGCAACCUCAAGAACGGGGUCAACGACAUCAAGAACCACAAGUGGUUUGCUACCACCGACUGGAACGCCAUCUACCAGAGGAAGGUGGAAGCUCCCUUUAUACCAGAGUGCAAAGGCCCAGAUGACACGAAUAACUUCAAUGACUACGAGGAAAAGGAGAUCCGUGUCUCGAUCACUGAGGAGUGCGUCAGGGAAUUUGCUGAGUUCUAG